CAGCCCGAAGAAUUUCUUAAUCAUUCAUUUGGAGACAUCACAAUCAAAAUGUUGCCCAGAGGCUUCCACAUCCAUUUACAAUUUUUUAGUACAAUAUUUGGAAAUUUACUGAAUUUAACGUAUGGAUUGACAAUAGGCUGGAUUUGUAUUUACGGAAAUAAAUUUCACACGGAUUCAAAUCCACUGCAAGUGCCAUCACUCAAUUCGAUUGAAUUAAAAUGGAUCGAUUUAUCACUUUAUAUUGGCGCUUUGAUUGGAACUGUAUUUCUAACAAUAGCCGGUGACGUAUUUGGAAGAAAAUAUACACUAGUCGUUUUAAUUGUUCCCCAAGCGUCUGCCUUUUUGCUAAAAAUGCUCGCAACAAAUGCAACUGAAUUGUACAUCGGACGAUUUUUAUCCGGUUUUACAGCAGGAGGUUCAAUCAAUUUGAUAGUUUUAUAUGUUGCUGAAUUGGCCGAUGACAAAUUUCGUGGGCGGCUCAAUUCCAUUUUACCGUUUUCAAUUACUCUUGGUACAUUAAUCAUUUUCACAUCGGAUAUGUUUCUAUCAUUUUUCAAAAUUGCUUCAAUAUCUCUCGUUAUACUGACGCUGUUUUUGUGUACAUACACAUUCUUCCCGGAUACUCCACGCCAGCUUUAUAAAAUUCGCCGAAAGGAGCAAGCCAUUCAAUCACUUCAAAUCUAUCGCGAUAUCAGAGAUCUGGAAUUUCAAACUGAUGACUGCUAUCUGAUAGAAGUGAAGAAACUUCGACGUAUUUUGAAAAAGGAAAGAGGUUGCACCUUCGAGAAAAACGGAAGAGCUACAACAAAAUCAUUCAUAAUAAGCAUUGCCUUAAUUAUGUUGAACGUAUAUGUAAAUUGGUUUGUACAAUUCCAUCUAACGUGGCAUCCAUUGUUAGACACUAAAAUAUUAGGUGUUGGAACUUUUCGCAUUGUAAUUGCAGCUUGUCAAUUAUCAGGUUCUUUGCUUUGCUUAUUGCUUGUUGAUUUCAUUGAAAGAAAGCUUUUAUUAUUGGUAUCAAUUUUUGGAAUCACAUUAUCUCACAUAAUUUAUGUGAUUUUUGUUAACUCAAGAGAUCAGACUACGUUGCCCAUUCUUUUCGUUGCAAUAGCUGCAUUCAGUCUACACUUUGGAGUGUAUCCACUAACAUUUGUACUCAUUCCAGAAAUAAUCCAAGAAAAAAUUCGAAUAUAUGGAAUCACUUUUAUGUCCUGUUUGAUGUGGUUGCUGAUGCUUUCUUUUUCAUGCGUAGAAUGGACUAUUUUCAACCUAUUAAACAAUGACACUUACGUCGGUUUGAUCAUUCCAAUUAUAUUCAACAUAAUUUGUUUUGUAAUAUUUUCGAUCUAUGUGCCGCCAACGAAGAAGAAAUCUUACCACGAAAUAUUUACCCAUUUGAAUUUGGGGGUGGAAUAAUUUUGCGCUGACUAAAAAAUUGCAAAUGUAAAAAUUCAUUUAAUUUAACUGGCUGCAUUUAGUUAAAACAUAA